CACCAAACAGACCUCAGAGCAGCAGGAGCGUUCCUCCCCCUCCUCGCGCUUACCUGUCUGAGCUGGGCGGGGCUAAAAGCCACAGGAGCUUCUCCCGUUAAUCUUCACUACAGUCUCGGGAAGACGCGGACCUGCAGACACCUCGGAGUUCAGGAGUUUCCCGCCUCUCCGGAUCCGAGCGUCUCCAGUCAACCGUUGAGAAAGCUUUAAUCUGCAGACGGUGACACACAGUGAAUCACCGGCUGUUUCCUAACCCUGUAAACCAGGAGAAGGAAGUCUCCAGACCCGCCAUGAUCACGCCCGCCCAGUAUGGAGAGACCUCGUGGGAGCUGGCCGUGCAGGUGGACGAGAAGGAGGGCGUGGAGUCCAUGAAGUUCAAGCUGCGCGUGGCCGGAGACCUGCACAUCGGAGGCCUCAUGCUCAAGCUGGUGGAGAAAAUCAAGGCUCCUCAGGACUGGUCGGAUCACGCGCUGUGGUGGGAACAGAGGAAGUGCUGGCUGCUCCGGACCCACUGGACUCUGGACAAAUAUGGGAUUCAGGCUGACGCCGACCUGCGCUACACCCCGCAGCACAAACCGCUCCUGCUGCAGCUCCCCAACAUGAAAACCAUCAAAAUCAUUGUCUGCUUCUCCAGCCCGGUCUUCAAGACGGUGCUGGACAUCUGCAGACAGCUCAACAUCCGGAGACCAGAAGAACUCUCUCUGCUCAAACCUCCAGAUGAUCCGAGCAAGAAGAAGAAGAAGAAAGACAAGAACUCUCCUCAGGAAGACAUCUUUGACGUCUGGGAUUCAACCAACAAUGGGCCAGGAGGGACCGGCCCCAUGUACAGUAAGACGAUGACGGCGACGUACGACGACAACGGCACGCCGAUGUCCGCCACCAGCCUGUGGUUUGGAGAAAACCCGCUGGCCAAGUGUCAGCCCAACCUGCCGCCCGCUGAGCUGGCCAAGAUGUUUGAGCCGCUGUCGCUGGUGGACAAAGCCACCAACAACGCCGGGUGGCUGGACUCGUCGCGUUCCCUCAUGGAGCAGGACAUUCAGAGCAGCGACCGGCUGCUGCUGCGCUUCAAGUACAACGUCUUCUUCGAUCUGAACCCCAAAUACGACGCCGUCAGAAUCACCCAGCUGUACGAACAGGCCCGCUGGGCCAUCCUGCUGGAGGAGAUCGACUGCACCGAGGAGGAGAUGCUGAUGUUCGCCUCCCUGCAGUAUCACAUCUGUAAACUGACCAUGUCCACUGAGCCGAGGGACAACGCCAACGAGCCAGAAAUCGACGAGGUGGAGGCGGCUCUGUCCAACCUGGAGGUGACGCUUCAGGGGGCGAACACCGACAAAUUGCUGGAAGACAUCACAGACAUUCCCGAGCUGGCAGAUAACCUCCGGCUCUUCAGGCCCAAACGGCUAACACUGCGCUCAUACAAAGAGUACUGGUUCGUCUUCAAGGACACAAACAUCUCCUACUACAAGAACAAGGAGGCCUCCAGCGGAGAACCCAUCGAGCAGUUCCACCUCAGAGGCUGUGAGGUGGUCCCAGACGUCAACGUCACCGACAAGAAGUUCGGCAUCAAACUUCUGAUCCCGGUCGCGGAUGGAAUGAACGAGGUCUACAUUCGCUGUGACAAUGAGAUGCAGUACGCCAAGUGGAAAGCUGCAUGCAUUCUUGCCUCCAAAGGCAAGACCAUGGCGUACAGCUCCUACAAAUCCGAAGUGAGGAACAUCCACUCCUUCCUGCAGAUGAAGAGCUUGGCGCCCCCUCCUGGUCAUGCGACUCCAGACGUGGAGGCCAUGGAGAUGAAUGCGGAGUGUUUCGUGUCCCCGCGCUACGCCAAGAAGCAAAAGACCAAACAGCUGACCACACGGAUCCUGGAGGCCCACCAGAACAUCGCACACCUUUCUCUGAUGGACGCCAAGAUGCGCUUCAUCAAAGCCUGGCAGUCGCUGCCAGAUUUCGGCAUCAACUACUACAUCGUCAGAUUCAAAGGGAGUAAAAAAGACGAGAUCCUGGGGAUUUCCUACAACCGGCUGAUCCGCAUCGACAUGUCCACCGGCCUGCUCCUCACCACCUGGAGGUUUGCCAACAUGAAGCAGUGGAACGUCAACUGGGAAGUGAGACAGGUGAUGAUCGAGUUCGACCACAACGUGAGCAUCGCCUUCAGCUGUUUGAGCUGCGACUGCAAGGUGGUGCACGAGUUCAUCGGGGGCUACAUUUUCCUCUCCACGCGAUCCAAAGACCAGAACGAAACCUUAGAUGAAGAACUCUUCCUGAAACUUACGGGAGGCCAAGAAUGACCGAAAUAUGAACUCUACGGCGCAGCUUAAACCCUGAAAUCCAAACGAUUGUCAGACACUCGAUUCUCUUGUAGUUGGAAAAAGGAUUUUGGUUUUUAUAUGAUCUUAAUAUGCUUGUGUAAAUAUUUAGGUAAUAUUUGUUUCUCAGUACUUGGAAGAACUGCACUGAGAGAUCAGCUUUUGUACGGUGAGUAAAUGCUCUCCUUUUAAAUGUUUAAACAAUUAAAAAACAUGUUUUUUUGUGGUUUUUCAUCUGUUUUAACUUUUUUAUUUUUCGACAAUCUUAAUUUUAAGACAAUUUUGUUUUUGUAGUGAAAACAAUAAAAA